AUGCAUGGGAAAGUACCUCUACUCCUAUUUUUUGUUACCAUCGGGCUCUGCCUUCUUUUGAUGCCAAAGGAUGUUGAGGCUAAUCCUUCUUAUCAACGAAAUGGACUUCGACGAUGUCCACCAACUUGUUCAAUGUACUGUCAAUGUGGUCAUCUUCUAGAUACAAACGGCUGUCCUAUCUGUCGUUGUCGUCCGUCAAAUAUCUGCACGGGUCGACAUCCGAACCAUCAUCCAAGACACCGAGUCGGUUACAUAUAUCUAUCUUUUCAUGUUAAAUGA